AUGUUCAAGAUAUCCCCUGGAGUCACUUCAUUGAAGAAUGGACAGUGGGACUGAAGAUAGCCUCAUUAAGAAACGGUUCGUAACUGAGGCCGAAUUAGAUGAAAGGCGCAGAGUAAGACAGGAAGAGUGGGAAAAAGUUCGGAAGCCUGAUGAUCCUGAAGAAUGCCCUGAGGAGGUUUAUGAUCCUCGAUCAUUGUACGAAAGGCUUCAAGAACAGAAAGAGAAGAAACAGUCUGAAUUUGAGGAGCAGUUUAAAUUUAAAAAUAUGGUAAGAGGUCUCGACGAGGAUGAAACAAACUACCUUGAUGAAGUUUCCAGGCAGCGGUUGCUCCUAGAGAAGCAAAGGAGAGAUGAAGAUGAUAAAGAGCUGAAAGAAUACAGAAGUGCCCGCACAAAGCUAACAGCAAAUGUUGAAUCUAAAAAAGACACCGAAAGGAAAAUGGCUGCGAAGCCAGCAGAAAACAAGAAUAAGUUCUCUCAAGCAAAGCUGUUAGCUGGAGCUGUAAAACGCAAAAGCUCAACGAGCUCUGAAAUGGUAAAAAAGCAGAAGGUGGAUAAUGUUGAGGGAAGUGGGCAAGAUGAUGAAGUCUCCUGUGAUCAAACACAGUUUUUCUCAACUGGCGUGGCAAUCCAACAUCCUUCAGCUUCUGUGUGUGUUGGAAUACUACCGGGCCUUGGGGCGUACUCAGGGAGCAGUGACUCAGACGCAGAAUCCAGCUCUGACAGUGACAUUAUCAUUAACACUGGAGGACGAAUCAUUUCUUCAGUCUUUCGAUCCCAUCCUUUUCCUGAAAGCCCGUGAAAUGACAGUGAUCAAGGGCACAAUGUUACUUGUAUAGAAGUGGUUUGUAAUACAAAGUUCCCUGCGUAAAAUGGUAAUUCUUGUUUGGACUGCUAAACCUUUGGCAAUCGUGUAUAAAUACAGAAUUUCACGUCCCUGGUUCAGAACUUGACUACGUAUUCCACAGAGCAUCACGGAGUAAGUGACUUGGGAUUUGCGUCCGAAGGCCCGAUAUGUUGUUGAAUACCAUCAACGUUUUAAGUGAGAACGAUUGUUUUUACACUAGCGUGUAUUUGAAACAAAAAUGACUUGAAAGUUAAGGCAGUAGAACAGCUAGCUAUUAAUGUACAGCCAUGGAUAAGCCAGCUUGCUUUGAAGGUUUUGGGCCAUUUAAGAAAUGAAUAAAUUCUCUCUCACUUCUGAA